GCACCUGAAUUGUUGAUGUUGAAGUCAUGCAGGAUGUUCGACGAACUCGGUUUAUCUGCUGCAAAGCUACAGAGUAUGCCGGCCAACUGGUUUCCAUACUUUGAUAUCUGUCAUUAUAUCCUCGCUGCGCUGGCGGUCAGGAAGGAGGUCGGAGUUCCAUUUAGCAGAAACAACCCUCUGGCUACCUGGGUUGCAACACUGACUGCAUCAUUUGCUGGAAGCAUGAUUGCGAAUCCUUUGUUAGGUAAACCUGUAUUCGGAGCAGUGAGUGAUGAAUAUAAUCUGUAUCUUGCAACCCUGGUCUGGUGGGCUGUAUUCUACUCCCCUGCUGACAUAGUUUAUAAAGUGCUGAAAAAUCAGGCGGUUUAUCUUCCUAUCUGUGUAUUAAAAGAGAUAUACAGAGCCAAGAAAACUUUAGGUGGGAUAUCUGAUGCUGCAAAACUAUACCCGGAUCAUGAACUUAUUCAAAUCACAGUCGGACUCAUCAAGGGAAAUGGAUCAGGGUUCAUGAAACCAAUCACAAGGUUGGUUUGUGGAACCUGGGUUCCAGGUUCCUCUGAGCUUCUAAAGAUGUCUGUGACGAGUAAGGGCUGUCUUGUUGCAGCAGUUCUCAUGGUAGCUGAUAAAGCAGGACAUAUUCCUGCUCCUGUGUCUGGCGAUCUCCUGUAUCUGGGUAUAGUUGGAGUAUUCAUUCUGGUCAAGCUUGCACCACUACUCGGAGAACCAAUUGAUCCUUUCAAACCUCUACAGAAGGCGGUUCAUUUACUUACAGGUGAUCUGUGGAAUAAUGUUGAGAAUAUUAAAGAAGAUUAAAGUUGUUCAUUAAAGGGACUGUACGUGUCAUUUCAAUUCAAAAGUAAAUAUUCAUUUUCUGCGACUUUUAGACAGUAAAGAUUAAUAUUCA